CCGCCAUUCCUCGAUCUUUCUUUCCCCCUUAGCGGUGAAGGUGUAACAGUAAUCGGUCGUCCCGAACCCGGGUUCAUCCGACACCCUCACCACAGCAGCGAGGCUUGACUUGAGCCCACCUCAACAGAAAGACCAUGCCUCCCAAAUUCGACCCCACCGAGAUUAAGAUUGUGUACAUGAGAUGUACAGGAGGAGAAGUCGGCGCCACCUCGGCUUUGGCCCCCAAGAUUGGACCUCUGGGUCUGUCGCCUAAAAAGGUUGGUGAUGACAUCGCCAAGGCAACCGGUGACUGGAAGGGCCUGAGGAUCACUGUGAAGCUGACCAUCCAGAACAGACAGGCAGCUGUUGAGGUUGUGCCCUCUGCCUCUGCCCUUAUUAUCAAGGCUCUGAAGGAACCUCCUCGUGACAGGAAGAAGGUCAAGAACAUUAAACACAGUGGAAGCGUGACCUUCGAUGAGAUUGUCAACAUCGCCCGCGUCAUGAGGCCCCGCUCCAUUGCCAGGGAGCUCUCUGGGACCAUCAAGGAGAUCCUGGGCACCGCUCAGUCUGUUGGCUGCACCAUCGAUGGUCGUCCUCCCCACGACGUCAUCGACGACAUCAACAGUGGCAAAGUGGAGUGUCCCUCAGAAUAAAUGGACAAAUAAAGUUGUUUUUGUUCAAAAUUAA